AUGUGUACUCGUUUGCUACUUGGUGCCAAUGUGAAGCUUCACGACGCCCUCUUGGGCAUUGAUAUCAAUAACCAAUGCCAACAGCCUUCUCUUGAUCAUCUGUGUCCUUUCAGCUUCUUACGUUGCGCCAUCAUGUCCUGUCUAACGCUCUAUACGCAUCAGGCCCCGGCGGGGGAGUUUGGGACCCUCGAGUGA